AUGUCUCACAACUACUCCUACAGACGACCAUCACCAGCUAAAGAUCUAAGAGCCAGCUCUUACGACUCUCCAGAUCACCUGCACCCUGGAGACCAUGGUCACAAUGUUUACAGAUCGUCCCAGGAGCCACCGUCUCAUUCCACAAUACCAUCCUCCUCAUCCAGAGCCUCCGCUGCCACUGAGUCCCCUUACUCCUUCUCACUAAGCCAGUCAGACCCUUACUCGUCCUCACUAAGCCAGUCAGACCCUUACUCGUCCUCACUAAGCCGGUCAGACCAAACUCUGACCCUCCUGAGCAGCUGUGGGCUCGAGCCCAAAGACUUGUCUCUACUAGCCGAGAUGCCUGAGCAUCUCAUCACUGUGGAGAACCUACCACGUAUGCUCCUGGAGAUCAGAAAGAAGAGGGCGACACAGCAGCCGUCAUAUCCAGCUAUGACCUCUUACCCCCCUGCUGCCACAUCUUGCCCCCCCCCUGCUACCCCUCCUCCAGGCCAUGCGUGGGAGCAGGGUGACCGGAGUCGUUCUCAGCCAUUAGACUACCCGUUGGACCCCCACUCCGCUCUUCCCCUGUCCCAACUCCCUCCCACAGAACAGGCUGAGCCCUGGCAACUAGAUCGGCAUGGCAACCCGAUGCAGUACACAUGCUCUCGCGUGGAACCUGUACCUGUACCUGUCCCUGUCCGAGUUGUGGACUACCACUAUGGUAAAGAAACUCCCAGAAGCUACGAAACUCCCAGGUCCACUUACAGCUCGGACCAAAGAGGAACCAGCAGCAGCCGGAAACCACCCAUCUUAUCCCAACCAGCAGUAGAUUACAGGUACCCACCGACACCGACACCAGCUACAGACUACAGACCACGCCUAGACCAAGAUGUCCCAGUUGUCACAAUCAAGAUGGCCACCUCUGGCAAAACUCCCACCAAGAAGGCUGCUCUUGACUUCCACGGAGAAAUCCCCCAAACGUUUCCUUAUUCGUGCUCUCUCUGCGAUAUUACCGUGCUCUCUGAAAAGGUAAGUAGCUUACUUCCUCUUAUUUCUGUUGAAUCUGCAUUAUCUGGGUCUCCGGUAGGUUCAUGUGUGUGUGAAAGGGUCCAAAGUGAAUGAAUCUUAAGCCUAUUUGUGGCACUAAAAAUAUACAGUUACUGCUACGUAUGUUAGAACAUAUAGCCUAUGCAUUCUCUUAAAUAUGAACAACCAGUGAAAACAUUUUUUUUUUUUGCAGUACUGGUUCGCACACGCCAAUGGAACUCAACAUGCAGACGGACAACUCACACUUCUUCAGAUGUGAGUGAUCACAUGCUCAAGUUGUUUUUCCAGUUCUCCACUCACCAGCAUGACAUUUCAAACUCCUACUGUCAGUAUUGAUAUGGGAAUAUGCCUAGUUUCAAUGCAUUAAGUUCCUAAAUUGUCCAGCUUUUUAUCAUUCCAUCUCUUCUCCCUGUGCCUACCUUUAGGUAUCCUGAGUGGGAUUGCCGGAUGCAGACCGCCAGAAAGUGAGUGCAUAUCUCUCUGUCCGUGUGUGUGUGCGUGCUUGGUAUUAAUGUAGAAUAGAUCCUAACUACAGGCCUUUUAUUCCCUUUAGUGGUGAUGACCACACAGAGAGACCAAGGGUUGAAGAGAAGACUGGUGGACCUUCCCAUAGGUCGAUUAACUACUUAGGUAAACUAACUGCAUUAGCUUGCCUAUACAUAAUAUAGUGCUUUCAGAAAGUAUUCAUACCCCUUGACUUAUUCUACGUUUUGUUCUUACAGCCUGAAUUCAAAAUUGAUUAAAAAAAAAAUUCGCACCCAUCUACAUACAAUACCCCAUAAUGACAAAGUGAAAACAUGUUUUUUUUUUUAUUGUUGCAAAAUUAUUGAAAAUGAAAUACAGAAAUCUCCUUUACAUAAGUAUUCACACAUUAGAAUCAACUUUGGUAGCGAUUACAGCUGUGAGUAUUUCUGGGUAUGUCUUGAGGAGCUUUGCACACCUGAAUUGUACAAUAUUUGCACAUUAUUCUUUAAAAAAGGCUUCAUUCUCUGUCAAGUUGGUUGUUGAUCAUUGCAGAACAGCCAUUUUCAAGUCUUGCCAUAGAUUUUCAAGAUGAUUUAAGUCAAAACGGUAACUAAGCCACUCAGGAACGUUCGAUGUAGCUCAAUUGGUAGAGCAUGGCGCUUGUAACGCCAGGGUAGUGGGUUCAAUCCCCAGGACCACCCAUACGUAAAAAUGUAUGCACACAUGACUGUAAGUCGCUUUGGAUAAAAGCGUCUGCUAAAUGGCAUUAUUAUUAUUAUUAUUAUUAUUAUUAUUAUUAUUAUUAUUAUAACGUCAUCUUGGUAAGCAACUCAUGUAUAUUUGGCCUUGUGUUUUAGGUUAUUGUCUUGCUGAAAGGUGAAUUUGUUUCCUAGUGUCUGUUGGAAAGCAGACUGAAGCAGGUUUUCCUCUAGGAUUUUGCUUGUGCUUAGCUCUAUUUCGUUUCUUUUUAUAAAAAAAAACUCCCUAGUCCUUGUCGAUGUCAAGCAUACCCAUAACCUGAUGCAGCCACCACCAUGCUUGAAAAUAUUAAGAGUGGUACUCAGUGAUGUGUUGGAUUUGCCCCAAACAUAAUGCUUCGUAUUCAGGACAUAACGUUAAUUUCUUUGCCACAUUCUUUGCAGUUUUACUUUAGUGCCUUAUUGCAAACAGGAUGCAUGUUUCUGUAAUAUUUUUAUUCUGUACAGGCUUCCUCCUUUUCACUCUGUCAUUUAGGUUAGUAUUGUGAAUUAACUACAAAGUUGUUGAUCCAUCCUCAGUUUUCUCCUAUCACAGCCAUUCAACUCUAACUGUUUUAAAGAUACCAUUGGCCUCAUGAUAAAAUCCCUGAGCGGUUUCUUUCCUCUCCGGCAACUGAGUUAGGAAGGUCGCCUAUAUCUUUGUAGUGACUGGGUGUAUUGAUACACCAUCCAAAGUGUAAUUAAUUCACCAUGCUUUUUAAUAAUAAUAAUAAUAUGCCAUUUAGCAGACACUUUUAUCCAAAGCGACUUACAGUCAUGCGUGCAUACAUUUUUUUUGUGUAUGGGUGGUCCCGGGGAUCGAACCCACUACCUUGGCGUUACAAGCGCCGUGCUCUACCAGCUGAGCUACAGAGGACCUCAAAGGCAUAUUCAAUGUCUGCUUUUUUCUUUUUUUGACCAAUCGACCAAUAGGUGCCCUUUGCGAGGCAUUGUAAAACCUCCCUGGUCUUUGUGGUUGAGUCUGUGUUUGAAAUUCACUGCUCGACUGAGGGACCUUAUAGAUAAUUGUAUGUAUGGAGUACAGAGAUGAGGUGGUCAUCAUGGUAAACACUACUAUUGAAUGAGUCCAUGCAACUUAUUAUGUGACUUGUUAAACACAUUUUUACUCCUGAACUUAUUUAGGCUUGCCAUAACAAAGGGGUUGAAUACAUAUUGACAUUUCAGCUUUUCAUUUUUAAUAAAUUAAUAAAAAAUUCAACAUAAUUAUGGGUUAUUGUGUGUAUGCCAGUGACACAAUGUCAUUUUGAUCCAUUUUAUAUUCAGGCUGAAACACAACAAAAUGGGGGGAAAGGUCAAGGGGUGUGGUCCUCUGUAGCUCAAUUGGUAGAGCAUGGUGCUUGUAACGCCAGGGUAGUGGGUUCGAUCCCCGGGACAACCCAUACGUAAAAAUGUAUGCACACAUGACUGUAAGUGGCUUUGGAUAAAAGCGGUUGCUAAAUGGCAUAUUAUUAUAUUAUUAAUACUUUCUGAAGGCACUGUAUAUGCCAUUUAGCAGACGCUUUUAUCAAGCAUACAUUUUCGUAUUUCAAAUUGAAAUGUUGUUAUCGCCAUGCUCUACUAACUGAGCCACAUCAGGACCAUUUGCUUUGACAGUAUAUGUCUGAUUUUAAUAUUAUAACAUGUGUCCAUAACAUAUAACAUAUUAACGUGCCAGUUACUUACCUUUUUAUAUUGUCCUGUAGGUAAACCGACAAGUAGCAGCUCUAGAAAAAGCAUCGACACUAAGACAAAUGCUACAAAGGUUACAAAGGUAUUGUUUUUCUUUCUUCUUGCUCUUCUGUUGAAUUACUGUCUAGUUUUCACCUUUUUUUUUAGUUUCACAUUGUCCGUUUACUUACCUUUUAUUUUCCAGGGGAGUGGCAAAGUGGUUUGUGCCAAAUUUAACGCCUGGUGUCUCAACGAAGAUGGUUUGAAGGACCUGAUUAAACCGUUUGGGGAAGUUGUGAAAAUCAUCAUGUUCCCUGCUUUGGUAAGAUAACUAGUUACCUAGUUAUCCUGCCAUGUAUUCAAAUACCUAAUAUACAGUACCAGUCAAAAGUUUGGAUACACCUACUCAUUCAAGGGUUUUUCUUUAUUUUUACUAUUUUCUACAUUGUAGAAUAAUAGUGAAGACAUCAAAACUAUGAAAUAACACACAUGGAAUCAUGUAGUAACCAAAAAAGUGUUAAACAAAUCAAAAUAUAUUUUAUAUUUGAGAUUCUUCAAAGUAGCCACCCUUUGUCUUGAUGACAGCUUUGCACACUCUUGGCAUUCUCUCAACUAGCUUCAUGAGGAAUGCUUUUCCAACAGUCUUGAAGGAGUUCCCACAUAUGCUGAGCACUUGUUGGCUGCUUUUCCUUCGCUCUGGGGGUCCAACUCAUCCCAAACCAUCUCAAUUUGGUUGAGGUUGGGUGAUUGUGGGGGCCAGGUCAUCUGAUGCAGCACUCCAUCACUCUCCUUCUUGGUCAAAUAGCCCUUACACAGCCUGGAGGUGUGUUGGGUCGUUGUCCUGUUGAAAAACAAAUGAUAGUCCCACUAAGCACAAACCAGAUGGGAUGGCGUAUCGCUGCAGAAUGCUGUGGUAGCCAUGCUGGUUAAGUGUGCCUUGGAAUUCGAAAUAAAUCACAGACAGUGUCACCAGCAUAGCACCAUCACACCACCUCCUCCAUGCUUCACGGUGGGAACCACACAUGCAGAGAUCAUCCAUUCACCUACUCUGCAUCAGACCAAAGGACAGAUUUCCACCGGUGUAAUGUCCAUUGCGCGUGUUUCUUGGUCCAAGCAAGUCUUCUACUUAUUGGUGUCCUUUUAGUAGUGGUUUCUUUGCAGCAAUUCGACCAUGAAGGCCUGAUUCACGCAGUCUCCUCUGAAGAGUUGAUGUUGAGAUGUGUCUGUUACUUGAACUGAACUGUUACUUGAACAAUCUGAGGCUGGUAAACUCUAAUGAACUUAUCCUCUGCAGCAGAGGUAACUCUGGGUCUUCCAUUCCUGUGGCGGUCCUCAUGAGAGCCAGUUUCAUCAUAGCGCUUGAUGGUUUUUGCAACUGCACUUGAAUAAACUUUCAAAGUUAUUGAAAUUUUCCGUAUAGACUGACCUUCAUGUCUUAAAGUAAUGGACUGUCGUUUCUCUUUACUUAUUUGAGCUGUUCUUGCCAUAAUAUUGGCUUGGUCUUUUACCAAAAAGGGCUAUCUUCUGUAUACCACCCCUACUUUGUCACAACACAACUGAUUGGCUCAAACGCAUUAAGAAUGAAAGAAAUUCCACAAAUUAACUUUUAACAAGGCACACCUGUUAAUUGAAAUGCAUUCCAGGUGACUACCUCCAUGAAGCUGGUUGAGAGAAUGCCUAGAGGUUGCUAAGCUGUCAAGGCAAAGGGUGGCUAUUUGAAUAAUCUCAAAUAUAAAAUAUUUUGAUUUGUUUUAACACUUUUUGAUUCCAUACUUGUUAUUUCAUAUAUAGUUUUGAUGCCUUCACUAUUAUUCUACAAUGUAGAAAAUAUUUAAAAUAAAGAAACACCCUGGAAUGAGUAGGUGUGUCCAAACUUUUGACUGGUACUGUAUGUGUUUUCAACUCAUAUGAAAUUGGUAAGUAUUUCGUUGACUGAAUAAAUAAUUGAGAAAAUCUUAUACUCAUUUUAAAGUAAAGUCCCCGCCCAUCAUGGACUCAUUGACUUGGAGUAGGGAUUUCCAUCCUAGUAAUACUUUUUUUAUGGUUCUUGUAUCGCUGCAUUUUCAGGCGUUUGUGGAGAUGGGCUCAACUGACCAGGCCGAGGAUGUUGUGAAGUACUACCUCAGUAACCCAGUGAUGGUGAAAGGAGGACAAGUCACCUUCUCUGUCUCUUCAACAUUUAAUUUCCUGCAGGUACAUUUUACAAGAUGAAUUAAUUGACACGAUGUUAGUUACAUUUGGUUGAAGGGGUAAUUGAGGAUACAGUAUUCCCUAAAACAACCACACACAAACACAGAGGAUUAUUAAAUGAGCUAAAUAAAUACAUUUACAUCCAUACAGAGUUCCCGGGUGUUGAGCUUUUCCCCUGUGCCUCCUGGUAAAGAGUCUGCCGCAUGGAAGAGAGAGUUGCUGGCCGUAGCUAAAGGAUUUGGACCUGUGGCGCGCUCUCUGUUCUUACCUACGCAGGUAUUAAACAGCAUUUUUGCUUUCAACUGUUUUGGCCAGCGUUAUACUAUAAUUAGCUUACAGUGUAUUCUGUCCUCGUAGGCAUUUGUGGAAAUGACAAAUGCACUGGAUGCACAGAAGCUGGUUGAACACCAUACGUCCAAAUACCUGAAAAUAGAUGGGGUACAUAUUAAAGUGGCCUUCUCAUCAGAGUACAAUACACUUCGGUAAGUUGAUGCGUCCCCCUGUUGUGCUAUUACCUUUUGUUUUGCAUGCAAACAUACAUUGAUUAUGGCUUUUGAGAUCAGACUGUCAGACACUGUUAUAACUACUGUAUUAAAGGGGAAAUGUUGAAUUUAUGCUCUGUAAAAGCCAGAAACCAUGGGAAUAAAAGUGUUGUCUGUAAACUUUCUUUCCGUCACAUCAUGCAGGACCAUGUCUGAUAGGAAGUCUUCAGACAGGAAGUCUUCAGACAGGAGCAGGAAGUCUGAAGACAGAUCUAAGAGGAGGAGAACCCCAAGUCCCAGAAGGCGAUCCAUCAGCCCCAGGAGAGAUUCCCCAACCUCUUCAAAGAGGAGGAGGAGGAGGAGUGGAGAGGGGGACAGCGACCGUCACAAAGAACGAGUGAAAUCAAACGACGGGGGUAAAAGCAGGCCAAGGUCCCCCAGAAAAAAGAGCUCCAGCCGGUCCUCCAGAAGCCCUCGCUCCCAUACUAAAGAGAGGGUCUCCAGUGAGAAGACCCCAGGUUCUGGUAAAACAGACCCCAAGAAGGACAAGGUAUCUCUCACUUCCACAUCCACUCGCUCACAACCUCCCACCAAGGAUAAGACCUCAUCCCAGUCCUCCACUGUGAUGGAGAAGUCCGACGAGGUUGUCGAUAAGACUGACCAGAGCAAGCAAGAUACUGAGACACAUUACAGGCAGGAGGAUGGAGCCAUGGAGGCCUGUGACAUGGAGGGGGAGAUCGGAGAGGACGGCGACAUCGAGGGGAUGGCAGUGUAUGGGGAGGAUGGGGAGGAGAACUCUGACAUGGAAGAGUGGGAGAAGGAGGGAAAGGAGGAGAAGGAGGAAGAGGAGGAAGAGGAACAAGAGGAAGAGAAACAGCAGAAGAGUGCUGAGGACUUGUUUAUAGCCCUAUGUGAGCCCAAGCAAAAAGCAACCGCUACAUCUGGGACUGUAGAUGAUACUCCUACAGAAGAGCUCUCAGCUACCGGGUCAGAGCAGGGGAAAGAGCUCUCAGCUACCGGGACAGAACAGGGGAAAGAGCUCUCAGCUACCGGGUCAGAACAGGGGAAAGAGCUCUCAGCUACCGGGACAGAACAGGGGAAAGAGCUCUCAGCUACCGGGUCAGAAGAGGAGAAAGAGAGAGAUGGUGAAGAUCAGAAUGCAGAUGCUUCAUAUGUUGAUGAGGUAAAGUACAUGCUCUGUCAGGUCUUUAACAAUUAGUUCAUCUAUUUUGAUAAGUCAAAUUGGAAAAAAGACAAGGAACAUAAUUCCAAUAUGUAAAAUACAAGGUGUCAUGUUUAAUACAUGUUGUGUGUUUCAGUAAAUCCUAAAAUGUUAUUGUUUUGAUGUUUGUUCCCCUCCAUUGUUACACAGGAGGAGCCUGAUUUCCCAGAGGACCUUGAGAACCUUAUUACUUUGGAUGAGCUGGCGGAGGAUUCAUCAGCUGACGACCGAGGUGACUUAAUACUCAACACCUAUCUACUGGACCACAGAUUCAAUUCAAACUGGAGCACUUUGAAAAGAAAGAGUAACAUUGUUAUGAAGGUCAUUGAUUGGAUGUUUAUCUUAACAUUGCAGAUAACCAGUCAACAGAUGAGACCAAGAGCAGGUCCAGGAGCAAGGUGAGCCAAUGUUCUUUUUAUUAUUGUUAUUGAUGUGUUCUGUGAGUCAGUACUGGUCAGCCGUUUACAAUUGUUAAUUCAACCUUCUGAGAUAAGUCUGGGUUGAGUGGGUUCUAUGCGGCUUUAGUUAACUAUUGUCAAUAAGGUUGUUACAACCACAAAAUGUUUUUAUUUCAGCCCUCAGGACGUGAUCAGCCAUCUGGAAGAGUGAUCUACAUCAAAAACCUUCCUAGUGGCUACUAUACAGAUUACGAGUUCCUGAAGAUUUUUAAAGGCUUUGGGAGAGUGCACCGCUAUUUCCUUCUGCGUAAUGGUGAAGAGGUAUUCUCCUAACAGAAGGGAAUCUAAAAUGGAAUUGAUCCUAAUGAUGUACUACAAGUCUGAUCAUAUUUGUUGUUGCAAUAACCAUGGUCUCUCUCUCUCUCUCCUCUCCUCCUCUAUUUGUCAUCUAUCUCUCAGGGCUUCAUUGAGAUGGAGAGUUCUUCUGAUGCAACAAAGGCUUUAACGGCGAUGCGUUAUGGUGGCUGUAAAUUAUACGGCCGGAAGUUGGUCAUCCUGCGGUCUCAGAAAUAUAAAAGACUAACAACAGGGUAGGGUGCUAUAGCCCAGGUGGUGUCUGCUCUGCUAAACAGACAUGGAGCACACACACACACUCCCGUCCCGCGUGGGAGCCACUGAUAAUUGAUGCUUCUCUGUCUCUUCUGAUUAGAAAAUAUCCCUGUCUGAUCAUAUUUUAUGUGCAGUGAUUUUCUGCGUAUCUGUCUUAAAGGUAAACGUUUCUAAACGUGUAUAUAAUUCUGGACUAAAAAAAGGAUUUAUCUUAUUUUGUCAGGUGGGAACCUGAAUCGGACUCUGAUCGGAAGAAAUAUCACGGGAGUACGAGAAGCAGCAGUAGCAGGAUAAGGAGUGGACGGACCAGCAGUCACUCAAAGUCAGACGCUAAGGACGAGAAGACUAAAGAGAAGGACGAGAAGACUAAAGAGAAGGACGAGAAGACUAAAGAGAAGGACGAGAAGACUAAAGAGAAGGACGAGAAGACUGAAGAGAAGGACGAGAAGACUGAAGAGAAGGACGAGAAGACUGAAGAGAAGGACGAGAAGACUGAAGAGAAGGACGAGAAGACUGAAGAGAAGGACGAGAAGACUGAAGAGAAGGACGAGAAGACUGAAGAGAAGGACGAGAAGACUGAAGAGAAGACGGCACGACAAGUAGACUCUGAACAGCGUAGUAAACGUUCGUCUGAGCCAGCCAAACACUGUGACAAGGAGGACAGAGGAGCGUCUCCAGUGAAUACUGACAGAUCCUCCAACAGUGAAGUCCAAAAGGAUGCCCCUGUCCCUGCUGCUGAGGAAGAGAAGCGGGCCUGUAGCACCGAGGAUAACGGAGAAACCAAGAUGGAGGAUAAUGUGGAAACAGGACCAGAUUCCAUGAAGACUGGCAUGGAGUCAUCGUUCCAGCCCAACAACCCAGUGGGUAAGUGUUUUGAUGUGAUUUUAUAGCCUCACUGCACACUCAUGGUAGCCUGGUCCCGGAUCUGUUUGUGCCCUUGUCAACUUCAUUGCGUGACAAUUCCAUAAGGAGUUGGCAAGAGAGUAGAAUCAGACUGGCACCCAGGCUACUGUCUUGGCUCCUUUCAAGAAAAAUGACUACAUUUUAUUUUUUAGACUUGUGUCUGGGACACUAAUCACUGAAACCAACUAUUUAAUUUGUUUGCUUUGAAAACACUACCAAGUUGUGCAUCAAUGAACCGCAGUAAGAAGCAUUGUCUUUAUGCAGUACAGUACUAUGUUUUCUAACGUACUAUGGGUGUUUGUUACAGGAAGGGAAUACAUUAAACCUGUCAUUGGCUACUUCUGCAACCUGUGUAAAGUCGUCUAUCUCGAUGAGGACGAAGCAAAGACUCAACACUGCAGCAGCCUCUGUCACUACCUGAAGUUUAUGGUAAAGCACCAGAAUCCUGUUCAAUCUCAUCAGAAUGAUCUCACUUGAGUUCUCUAUGCUUCUUUACCAUAGGCAUAGAGACACUGGUUGGCCGACUGCUCUUUUAUAGUCCUUAUUUAAGCAAUAAGGCACGGGGGGGGGGUGUGGUAUAUGGCCAAUAUACCACGGCUAAGGGCUGUUCUUAAGCACAACGCAACGUGGAGUGCCUGGAUCCAGCCCUUAGCCGUGGUAUAUUGGCCAUAUACCACAAACCCCCAAGGUGCCUUAUUGCUAUUAUAAACUGGUUACCAAUGUAAUUAGAGCAGUAAAAAUGUUUUGUCAUACCCGUGGUAUACCACGGCUGUCAGCCAAUCAGCAUUCAGGGCUCGAACCACCCAGUUUAUAAUACCAAAUAAUGUAAAUCACAGGUGCAUAUGUUUGAAAAAGUAGGAUCAUGGAGGGGAUAGAGUGGGGGUAUCUAUAGUGCCUUGCAAAAGUAUUCAUCCCCCUUGGCGUUUUUCCUAUUUUGUUGCAUUACAACCUGUAAUUUAAAUGGCAUUUUAUUUGGAUUUCAUGUAAUGGACUUACACAAAAUAGUCCAAAUUGGUGAAGUUAAAUGAAAAAAAUUACUUGUUUAAAAACAAUUCUAAACAAUAAAUAACGGAAAAGUGGUGCGUGCAUAUGUAUUCACCCCUUUUGCUAUGAAGACCCUAAAUAAGAUCUGGUGCAACCAAUUACCUUCAGAAGUCACAUAAUUAGUUAGAUUGCACACAGGUGGACUUUAAGUGUCACAUGAUCUCAGUAUAUAUACACCUGUUCUGAAAGGCCCCAGAGUCUGCAACACCACUAAGCAAGGGGCACCACCAAGCAAGCGGCACCAUGAAGACCAAGGAGCUCUCCUAACAGGUCAGGGACAAAGUUGUGUAGAAGUACAGAUCAGGGUUGGGUUAUAAAAAAAAACAUCAGAGACUUUGAACAUUCCACGGAUGGAAAGAUUAUGGCACCACAAUAAACCUGCCAAGAGAGGGCCGCCACCAAAACUCACGGACCAGGCGAGGAGGGCAUUCAUCAGAGAGGCAAUAAAUAUACCAAAGAUAACCCUAAAGGAGCUGCAAAGCUCCACAGCGGAGAUUGGAGUAUCUGUCCAUAGGACCACUUUAAGCCGUACACUCCACAGAGCUGGGCUUUACGGAUGAGUGGCCAGAAAAAAGCCAUUGCUUAAAGAAAAAAAUUAGCAAACACAUUUGGUGUUCGCCAAAAGGCAUGUGGGAGACUCCCCAAACAUAUGGAAGAAGGUACUCUGAUCAGAUGAGACUAAAAUUGAGCUUUUUGGCCAUCUAGGAAAACGCUAUGUCUGGCGCAAACCCAACACCUCUCAUCACCCCGAGAACACCAUCCCCACAGUGAAGCAUGGUGGUGGCAGCAUCAUGCUGUGGGGAUGUUUUUCAUCGGCAGGGACUGGGAAACUGGUCAGAAUUGAAGGAAUGAUGGAUGGCGCUAAAUACAGGGCAAUUCUAGAGGGAAACCUGUUUCAGUCUUCCAUAGAAUUGAGACUGGGACGGAGGUUCGCCUUCCAGCAGGACAAUGACACUAAGCAUACUGCUAAAGCAACACUCUAGUGGUUUAAGGGGAAACAUUUAAAUGUCUUGGAAUGGCCUAGUCAAAGCCCAGACCUCAAUCCAAUUGAGAAUCUGUGGUAUGACUUAAAGAUUGCUGUACACCAGCAGAACCCAUCCAACUUGAAGGAGCUGGAGCAGUUUUGCCUUGAAGAAUGGGCAAAAAUCCCAGUGGCUAGAUGUGCCAAGCUUAUAGAGACGUACCCCAAGAGACUUGCAUGCCAAAAAGGGGGUGAAUACUUUCGCAACCCACUGUAUUCUUUACAUUAUUCAACCACCAUUUCUGUGCCGUUGUUUGCUGUGUACAUUACAUGAUUACUGAGCUGCAUAAUUUGGUGUUGUCUCACAGGAACUUUCAGGAAGAGACACAGCGUCCAGCUAA